AUGGACCAAAUCCGUCUUGCUCUCUCCCUGGCGGAUGCAUUCAACGCUCUCGCCGACCAAGUCCAGAUCCUGGCCGAUCGAAAGACUGUCCUCGAGCACAAGCUGCGUUUUGCCCAUGAACAGUUCCAAUAUCUAGCUGACAGAUAUGCACCCGCAACGCCAGAGGUGGCCGAGACGUUGACAAAGCUGCAGCUUCCACCGCAUACCUCUGUUGACAAGACCUCCCCUGUUCCUCUCCCUCAACGGCGCUCCAGUCCCCAACCUCUCCACCAGAUCGCCGUCAUCAUCCGGGACGGACGGCGAAUGGCCAGCAAGAUUGUCUCGGCUGGCUCUUCGAGCAAGACCACGUGCUCCAGCAGAGAAUCCGUCUCGCGCCCAUCCCAAGACGAAACCUCCAUGUCCACCGCGCUGGAACAAGACUUCACCGUCCAGGGAAAGAGAGGCAGCCUGCAGUGUCCCUUCUCCAAGAGGAUGUCGGCCAGCGGCACCCAUGACGGCAAAAGCAAGUACAGCGUGGACACCACGCCUCACAGCUCUGCUGACCCCAUCUGCGCCGCCAUGUUGGAGGAGGCUACUUCGCAGCCAGCGCCGAACGGGGCCGGUUCCUCCAAGUGCCCGAUCCGCUUCCUGGACAAGCACUCCCCGGAGGAGAUUGCCCAUUACGUGGAAACGCACAAGCACGCCCUGCCUCGCAGCCACGAGGUAUGCCUGCGACGGUAUCAACGGAACGAGACGCAGAUGAAGAAGCUGGACUCCAAGUAUGGCAACAUUGUCAGCAUGAUUGAAGGUCUGAGUCACCUUCAUCAGCCGAUGCUGCCAGAGUCGGAAACCCCAGGACAGCCUCCGGACGGCGCCGAGAGCGGAGGGCCCAACAAACGAGUCGAGAACUGGGCACAGACGGUCAGCAGAACAGGGGACCUGGAUGUCAACCACGAGGCAGAGGCGCCCCCGUCUGAUGCUGAUCGUCAAAGCCACUUCGACCGGCCGCUGAAGGAAGUUCGAGUAGGGGAGUCGCCGAGCCGGCCCUGGGGUAUCUCGGUGCCCGUCUACGAGCCUUCGGGCCACGGCGAGGAGUACCCGCACUCACCACCUCCUGCUCCCGUGCGCAUGUCCGAUUCCGGGCCUCCUGGCAGCGCGCCGGAACGCGUCACCAGCGGCGGCAAAUGCCCUUUUGAUCAUGGCAAGUUUUCCGGCGCCUCCAUCCGCCCACCGCCUUUUACAGACGUGAAGCCUCCGCAGCCGGUGAAUGGCUUCGGGGACGCGCCCUUGGCCAACAACAAGGGCGCCGCAACCACAUCAACAGCUCCAGACCCCACCCAGCAGCCGGCGUUUAUCAGUCCAUGCACGGUGAAGCCCGACGGCGCAGCCAGCCCGCACAUGAUUUUCACCGGCCCCGUGUUUAUCGGCUAUCCUAUCGAACAGGCCAUCCAAUUCGUAAAUUGCCAGCGAGGGUCCUCAUGA